GUAUUCAAACGCGUCGUGUUAUUUCACCCGUCCUCUACGCUAGUUUAUAAACCAACGCGUUUAUUUAAACUUGUUUUCUAUUUUUUAAAUGAUGCGCCGUCGUUGAACGCCGGCUUCCGUUUUAGCAGACUCGCGGGUAUUGUAGUUCUCGCGCGCGCGCUCGCGCCGGUUCUCUAGUUCGCUCACAUGUGUGCGGUUGUUAGCGUCGUUAGCUAAGCUACAUAAUGUCGUUUAGCUUCAACUUCGAUGUGCGCGCACAGACAGUUGGCUCAAACGACGGGGGCGAAGACGACCCGCAAACUGGGAAGGCAGAUCAUGCUAACGCUACCGCAGAGAGCGCCAAGCAGUCGGAGCUAGUCAAAGAUGCCAAAGAACAUUUUCCACCACUGGAUCUGCGUUGCCUUUUUGUGAAUGCAGUCCCUGAAACAGUUACCAUAGGCUCCCUUCCACCGCUCCACUUCCUGAACGAGACAGUGUUUGAGAAAACCUCCUCGGACAGAGAGGAUGGGGAGAAGAUACUCGCUUGCACGGCUGAACAGCGGUCUGAUCUGAUCUCUGGAGUCUAUGAGGGUGGGUUGAAGGUGUGGGAGUGCACUUAUGACCUCCUGGAGCUGGUUGAAAGAGACGGAGAGACGUUUGGAGGGAAGAGGGUUUUGGACCUGGGGUGUGGGGCUGGGUUGCUGGGGAUACUGGCUUUGAAGAGAGGCGCCACACAGACCCACUUCCAGGAUUACAACAGCACAGUUAUCGAACACCUCACACUGCCAAAUGUGCUCCUGAAUUGUCAGGGGGAUGAUUUGGAGAGCGAAGAUGAUGAAGAAGAAGACAAGGGAAAGGCAAAGAGAAAGAAGGGGGGUGAAUGUAAGAAUAAAGUGAGAGAUGAGGAAAGACAGGAGGUAAUGAACGAUGGCCCAACAGCUAAGAAAAGAGCCCCAGACCAAACCCAACACUCUUCAUUGAAUAAGUGUCGUUUCUUCUCCGGUGACUGGACCACUUUUCUUGCUUUGGUAAUGAAGGAGGACCGUCCACCCAAAUAUGACAUUAUAUUCACAUCAGAGACUAUCUACAACACAGACUACUACCCCGCACUGCAUGACACCCUCCACAGACUGCUCGCCCCAGAUGGACUGGUCUACCUGGCAACCAAAUCCCAUUACUUUGGGGUUGGGGGUGGACUAUACUUGUUUGAAAGAUUUGUGGAGCAGAGAGGUGUUUUCUCCAUGCAGCACCUGUGGGAUUUGGACGAGGGCCUUCAGAGACAUGUAAUGGGCCUACGCUUCGGAAACGCAAAGGCGCCCUGAUUUACUGCUCCACCCAUGCAUUUUCAGUAUAUGCCUCCAUUGGGUGCACUUUAACAUUUAGACGAAUUCUGUAACUCGAUAUCUUGAGCAAACGGUGGUUGCUUAGAAUUGAGCGGUAACACAAGAGUGUAAAACCAAGGAUUGUAAUGGAGGGCGCACUCGGUUUCGAAAUGGUAUGGUUUAUUCAUAUCAAAUGUUUCGGUUCACAUUUUAAGAAAAUGUCAUAUCACAGACCACCUAGACUCACAGGAGCCAAAAUAAAAACAUGUUUUGAUGCUGUUUCACUGUGUGCUAUUUGUGUGCGAUAUGUUGCCCCACCAAUCAAAAGGAGGCGGAGCGAGAAUGAAAAAUGCACUCUCAUCCUGGAUUUGCUCUUUGGUAACUUGCACACUCUCUCACUUCCUAUAUGGACAUUCAAAUAUGUCUGCCAGUAACUGAAGUGCAGUUGAAAGGGGCUGUUACAGGUCUUCACAUGCAUGGGAAGGAAAAGGAGGAAAUGGGCUCAGUGACCUUUGCGAGUGAUUUCCCCAGUGUUCAAACAGCGGUAUGAAAGCCUGGCUUGUUUCUGAAGUCCGGCGCAAAAUGUCAAUUGCAACCUAUCCCACCGGCCCAAGGAUGUAGCUUGAAAGUGGAUUCUCCAGUCAUUGCACAUCGCUGGUGGUUCUCUAUGGGAUCUCUGUACCUCUCAUCAGUGUUCCCUGUCCAGUGUUUCUCGGAGUUAUGGGGGUUUGCGGUUAUUUGCUUCCAGACCCAGGUUUUUGCGCCUGGGCCCAUUUGAGCGUCGGCUCCAUUAGGCACUGCAGCCCAACACGUCCUGUGGGGCUUCACCUUCAGUUUCUGUCGUUUUCCUGAACUAAUAAACAUACAUCCAGAAAGCACACUGGG